CGACGGUGCAUUGGCCCUGCUCCUCACAUCUUGUUCUUCAGCGCAGGGCGCGCCUUCAGCAUGGACUUUCCUGGUCAGAAAUUUGCCCUCAACGGCAGCCCUGUCAAUGGCUUCGAUCUUGAUCCGUUCGGGAACGAGUUUGCGUCCUCCAGCUCGACUCCUUUCCCCGCCGCCGCCACUCCCGACCGGAAUGUGCCACAGAUGGGCAAUGGUAUGGGCAACCAGAUGCAGAUGCUCCGCAUGCAGAACAUGCAAGGGAACAUGGGGCUGCCCAAUCAACAGUGGGGGACUGGUCAGCCUAUGCUCCCUCCGGGUAACCCAAUGCAUCCCCCAUUUCGCCCUCAGCAGCACUCGCCACAGCAGCCACACAUGCAAGGCUUUGGCAUGCAGAACCAGUGGAACGAUAUGCGCGCUCGUCAACAGCCACCGCCAGCCAUGCCCGGAAUGAACAACUUCGGCGGUAUGAACGGCUUCGGUAUCUCGCAGCAAAUCCUCAACAAUGCCUACGCCAUGUCCACACCUAUCGAUCGGAGUGAAGAAGGCAUCAUUAUAGAGACUCUGAUCCAUGGUAUACAGGCCGGUGUGUCGCACAAAGAGGCAUUGAACAGCUUGCACGGGAAACGCAACCACUCGGCGAGCCUGUGGAAGGACUACUACUUGGACCACAAGCAACGUAUCGACCGAGAAAUAUCUGCCCGGGUCACCCCACGUCCAUCGAUGAGCGUCGAACCCAAGCCCGAACCUACUCCAGCGAAAAAGACCGUGAAAGCAGAACCUUCUCCCGGCCCUUCGUCUGUCUCUUCGAAACGAAGUCAUGCGCGCGCGCGGGAAUCCUCGAGACCCAGUCCUCGUCAAUCCGUUCAGCCACCUGCGAAGAAGUCGCGUCGCACGUUCAAUAGCAUCACUGGACCUGAGGCUGUCUUCGACGAUCGUCUUCCACCUCCGCAUGCUGAUCUGAAGACACCGGAGCCUCCCUCCCGCUCUCCUACGCCGCCUACCCUUGUAGUCUCAGCUGGCCGCGGGAACAAAUUCACUCCGCAGGAUCGCGACUUCUUCCUGAAGUUCAUCUCCUGGCGAUUGAAAGAGAAUCCCACGCUUUCCAGAGGCGAACUCUGUGACGCGUUGGCAGCGAAGGCGCCGCAUCAUAGCAGCCAGUCGUGGGCCUCAUAUUGGUCGAACCAUCAUGAUCUUCCCGACAAGAUCCUCGCCGCAGCCAAAGAAGGAUUGUCCUCUGACGAAGACGAGGAUGAGGAUGCGUCGGGUGAAGAGGACGAUGGCGCGACAGAGACGUCUGAGGAGGUGAUCCCAAGGCCCACAGCUCGGCGGCAAAGAGCCGCAGCGCGUGCCGCGCGACGCGGUUCUUCAGAUGAAGAGCCGGUCCCACGACGCCGCAGGGCAACCCGCCGUGCGCCAAGUUCAGAGUCACCCUUGUCGGAAGCGGAAGACUCCGAGCAGGACGGCGAAGGUGAGCCCGAUGAGGAUGUCGACGAUGAUGAGUCCAUUGCAACGGACGACGUCGAGAUCCGCGAGUGGAAGGAGAGUGACAUGGGUGCGAGCGGUGGACCAUUCACCGAUGCGGACUACGGCAUUGUCGCGACACACAUAGCAACCUUUGCCAAUUUUAAAGAGGUCUCACAUGCCGAGAAGUGGGGCAGCUUCCAUGAACGCCAUCCCAUGCGUUCGGCGAAAGCCUGGGCUGAGUACUAUCGGCGCAAUGAGAAGGGUCUUGAUCGGCUGGCAAAAGCGAUUCGUAGAAGGCAAUCGAGUGCGAAGAAUCCGGCGUCUCGGGAGGAUAGUGCGAAGCGGCAGCAUCCGUUGGACAUGGACGACGAAGAGAAAGGUGCCCGUAAGCGUGGGAGGACAGACGAAGAUUAGUGUGGUUGAUAUUGCAUGCUAUGGAUUGACAUACGAUUUUCGGAUGUCUGAUUGCUGUUACCCGUUUCCCUGAUUGGUCUGGGACGUUGCUUUGCUACCUGUACUGCUCUGUGUAAUGUCUUCUGGUUAUUGUUAUCGCACAUUGCUGCUGCUUCUUGGUUCUGUUCAAUGCAACAUACAAUUCUUCACUGGCUC